GCUGUUGCGUGAAUCGAGCUCAUCCUUAAAGCUGUCAGCUUCCCAAGACCUUGAAAAAAUGUUAAUAACAGUAAUUAUAUCUGUAAUUACAUCAAUUAAGUUAAUUGAGAAGUUCAAACGGGACCGCAGAGAAGCAGCCUGACCCUCCCGUCUGUCGCGGCGACCGCUCGCCGCCUCUUCUCGCCUGUUAAUUGCCAUUUUAAUUACCGUUUGAAAAACCUUAAACUCCCGAAGUUCAGUUCGGACACCGCAAAAUGUGCGCAAUACAUUGCCGAAUACAAAGUUUUCAUGUCUGUGUGUCAGUUUUGGGAAUUUCCCCUAUUUCUUUUAUCAUCUGUAACAGAUUUUCCGUGUGUGUGUGUGGGGGGGGGGGUUAAGAAAACAAACCUGUUUCUUAGCAACCGCUCCUACCCCUUGUCAAUCACAGUGUGUGUGUGUGUGAGGUUAGAGCAGUUUUAAUAGGCCGGGCGAAAUUAAAAAUUAAACUUCCAAAUUCCCUCCCCUCCCCCAGCCCGUCUCCACGGCAACCACAGCAGUCAAUCACUGCCGAAGUGGGCGGGUAGAACGGGGCUCGAGACUCCGGCUUCCCGCCCCCUCCCCCCCUCCACACACUCUUACUCACGCGCGCGCGCACGCACACACACCGCUGGUCUCCAAUGGCAACGGAGCUGCCAAUCAAAGCGGGGGGCGGGCCCGUGGCGUCUCGCUGUCCAAGAAAGACCCCAGCGAGCUCGCAGCCGGGAAAGAGCGCAUAGAUACAGCAGAGCGGGUCGUCCAGGCGAUCGGCUCACGGGCCUCCUGACUGCUUCGUGACCUGUCGGGGGGCACCACACCCGUGCGAUUAAUAUUGUGCUUGUGCGGCGGGGGCGGGGCAGGAGUCGUCUACACUACACUAAAAACACACAAAAAAAAGGUGUAAAAGCAGAACCACGAGAGGUACUCGCACACGUCCUAUACACGCAGCCUUGCACGGGUAGCGCUCCCCCUAGCGGACGGCUGCGGUAUCACAGCCCCCCCCGGCGGAUGACGUAACGGCGAGUACGGAGUCUGAGUGCGCGAGACUGCCGUGGCGUGCGGGGAGUGGGGGGGAGGAGAGAAGAAAGGCACACCAGCAAGACAGCUCGCCUCGGCUGCUCGGAGGGCCCGAACAGACCGGGCUUUUGUAUCGAGUUUCUCUCUCUCUCUUUUUUAUUUUUUUGCCGCCCCCCACCUCUCUCCCUCGGUCCUCCCCCCCCCUCCGCCGUGGUGGUUGGUUUGCGCGUGGAGGAGAGUGGAGAGGCGCGAGCGACACGCUGGGCUCUGCGGUCGCGUCGCGUUUUUACAACUAGUUUAUUAUCCAAGUGUGGAGUUUGGUACACGGCGACCCGGUCGCGCACGGCGGGAGCGGCGAGGAAAGACGGGAGCGCCGCACGGGGUCGUGUUCCCGACUUUGGACGGAAAGGGAGGUUGGAGACUCGGGAUUUUUCUCUUACACGUUCCCCAUCUUCUGUUGUUCUGUUCGGAAGAUCUCCCGACAACCCCCCCGUCUCUUUCUGUUUGUUGUGUUGUUUUUUUUUCCUGGAGAGCGGACCCGUUCCGUCUGAAUUCUCGGGGUGCGUUUCUCUCGUCUUGGGUUUGAACUCCGGACAAAAAAAAAAAAAACGAGAGAAAAACCCCCCACUAGUUCUGCGUCGCUUCCAUUCUCGCUUCUCCUGGCUGCCGCGAGCCGACACGGCGUCUCGAGGUCUGUGCGCGCGUCUCUGCCCAGGGCUUCACCCCUCGCGACAGCGCGCUAUGCGAUCCUGCGUCUCGGGCUGCUCUCCGUCGUCGGGAACAAUGCCGUGCGCCGCCAGGGCUCUCUGAUCGCCGCGGCUCCCGGACUGGAUGUAGCUCUGCCCGGCGUCGGUGUGGCCUUUUCGGUUUUUUUUUUAAAGCUUUUAUGUUGUUGUUUUUUUUUUCUUGUCGUUUCGGAGACGGGUUAUUGUUUCUUGCCGCUCCGAAACUAGGGGAUACUUGCCGUAUUUGAUGGGCCAACGCGUGCAUCGGUAAUAACUUCCACUCCGUGUUUUGUAGAGCCCGUAUAUGUAAAUACAUAUAUGUUUUUUUCUUCCCAAGUCCGAGAUUUCUUUUUCUAAGCGAGCGGAUUGAGUUUUCCUCGGGUCGAGAGCCCCGUGUGUGCAGGGAGAGAGAGAGUGCGAUAUUUACAAACCCACCGCCACCGUCUCGGCUUUACACACCACCAGCCCCGCUCCCCGAGAAAGACGGCGAGCCCGCUCUCGGAAAGAUGGAUGACCAGACCCGCAUGCUGACGGGUCUCUCCGGUCUGAGCGGACUACAGCAGACCGACGUCGGGGACCCCGACUCGGUGCGCAAGCAGCAGGCGCUGGGGCAGCCCCAGCAGGACAUCGGCGACAUCCUCCAGCAGAUCAUGGCCAUCACCGACGAGAGCCUGGACGAGGCGCAGGCCAGGAAGCACGCGCUGAACUGCCACAGGAUGAAGCCGGCCCUCUUCAGCGUGCUGUGCGAGAUCAAGGAGAAGACAGGUGAGGCGGGUGGCGGCCGAGCUGGGCAGGUAAAACUGGAGCGGUUCCGGGCUGCCGCUGGACCCUGCGGGGCUCGUGAAUCGACCGGCGGGCUGACCCGUGGGUCACUUGGGUCGAUGGAUUGGUUUUGUGGCGCCUUUGGGCUUUUUACAAACUUCCAGGGCGACGGUCUGAUGGUGCUGGAGUGCUGUAAGCAGAUCCUGAACGCCCAGCUUGCUCCUCUCCUUACAGCCCGCCUCUCGUGGAGCUGUCCCGGCGUGUGCAUCGGCGUCGCCGUGGUGAUGGGACAGCGGAUCAUGCGGCUGGACAACAUGCUCUUGGCAGAGGGCGUGUCGGGGCCGGAGAAGGGCGGCGGAUCGGCGGCCGCGGCGGCGGCGGCGGCGGCAGCGGGGGGGUCGCCGAACGACGGCAGCAUCGAGCACUCGGACUACCGCGCCAAGCUGGCGCAGAUCCGCCAGAUUUACCACUCCGAGCUGGAGAAGUAUGAGCAGGCGUGCAGCGAGUUCACAAACCACGUGAUGAACCUGCUGCGGGAGCAGUCGCGCACGCGGCCCAUCUCGCCCAAGGAGAUCGAGCGCAUGGUGGCCAUCAUCCACCGCAAGUUCAGCUCCAUCCAGAUGCAGCUGAAGCAGAGCACCUGUGAGGCCGUGAUGAUCCUGCGCUCCCGCUUCCUGGACGCCAGGCGCAAGAGGCGCAACUUCAACAAGCAGGCCACUGAGGUGCUGAAUGAGUACUUCUACUCCCACCUGUCCAACCCCUACCCCAGCGAGGAGGCCAAGGAGGAGCUGGCCAAGAAGUGUGGCAUCACUGUCUCUCAGGUGAGAUCGGGAGGAGACGGAGUGCCCCUCCCCCCCCCUGCCCCGCGGCAGGAAGUGGCCAGUCUGGGCCUGCUGGAGUCCUGCCCAUGGGUGGCUGUAUAUCAGGGUGCAGCGCCCUGUCACCUCCUUUCUCCUCAGGUGGAUACCCUGCGCCAUGCUACACACCUGACGGGCGGUUAUGAGGAGCUGACAGGGAGCGCCUUGUACCCUCCACGACGCAUCAAUUCUAACGGCAGUUGGCAGGACAGCACUAACCCUUCCUCCGUCACUUCGCCCACUGCUGAGCCGGCGAGUGUCCACUCUGAUACCUCCAACUGAGCACCAAAUCACAGAUCUGAGCACGGACAACUGCAUCUCCUCUCCACUCCUCGUCAUCCCUGCUGCUCCAGACCCCCCGCCCUCCCCACAAUACCUGAAACCUCAACCCCACCAGACCCGCGCCACGUCCCACUGCAAGGUCAGCGACAGUGCGUUCAGCUCCUGGGCCGGCGAGUCUCAGGACGGACACGAGUGGACAAGCCAUCCACACCUGUGCUCCAGGUCGGAUCCAUCUCCAGUCGGUGGGGGGUGGGGGGGGGCACACAGGUAACCCCUGACCCCCCUUGAUCCCGCAGGCCGUCUGUCUCUGCACACACAUCGCCACUGUGUCUCAACCAGACUGGACAACAGAGACAAAACACAAAACUGAAACUGACAGCACUGGACACAAUGGAGCAGACACCGACACCACAGUACGGUGGUAGAGCUGUGUGCGCCACGCAGGCCCUGACACUUGAUUGUCAGGGGGUAGAGUGAAGAAGCGAGGGGGAAGGUGGGGAGACACCCCGUCUUCCUUGGAUGAGGUCGCACACUUUUUAAAAGUGCAUGGACUUCCCUGUGCUGUCCUGGGGGCGCAGGCCCAGCCGAGGUGUUGGGGAAGCUGCCGGCGCCCCCAGUGUGUGUAUGCUACAGGGGUUACUGUAGGCGUGCGUGCGUGCGCACGGUAUCGGGGUUACUUCCUUAGUAAUUAAGGAUCAAGGCUCCUGACCAAAUUAAAUAGUCCUCAUAUUUCCAAACCAUUAUUCCUUCCAACACAUCUGCUUGUGCCAAAAGUCCUGUCCCAGUACUGUUCCUGAGAAUGCCCACACUGCGGCAGAUGGGGAAGUUAACCGGAUUGUGUACGGAGCAGAGGCAUGUGUGCGGAGGGCCUACGGAGAAGCCUACCAGUUUGUGUCAGAAUGGACUGUGGUGGGCAGGUCUUGGGCACGCUCCCAGUCUGUACCGAUCUCCUGUUCUUCCUGACGUCUGUGGGUGCCAGGCUUUCCCUUGGGUGGGAGCUGCGACCAGAGCCCCGCUAACAUCGGAUCGCAGCGUGGGGCUUUGGAGACGCUGCAAAAAGCAUGUCUGGCAUUCGUCGGCAUCCGUGAACGUGACAGCCUGACCACGGUUUCUAGCCAGACGUGAGCCCUGAGGCACACGGGAUCACAGGAGACCGGGGACCCGUGCCGUGCUGCUGGGGAUCUCUUCUCCUUUGGUGGCUGGUCAGACAGAUGUGUCUUUUCUAACACCCCGCAGGGUGUGUGGGGUCUGAGCUGUCUGGGUGUUGAGGUGCAGGGCAGAGAUUCUCGGGGCUCUGGGCGGAGCUUGUGGCUGCGUUCAAACCACAGGGCCCGGGCACAGUGGGAUCCCCGAGUUUCCUUGGGAUCUUAACUCUCCUGGGUUUUGUUCCCAACCAAUUCCUAAUUUGUUAGAAUGAACGAAUUUAACCUAUUGGUGGGGAGGGGGGGGGGAUAAACAUCUGUUAAUGUUUUUUUCGAGUUAUUCAAGUUUUGAGUACUGGGAGCGCAGAUUGAUUUGAAAGAAGUUACUGCGUGCUGCUUGGGAAUGGAGGCCAGAAGAGGCGGUUCUGCGAUCAGCACUGGACCUUCUGGGCCGGGUUUUGUUAGCUGCUCUGGGCCAAAGAGCUCCGCCCCCGGUCUCCCGUCUCUGAGACCCUGCUUGGUCUGAGGCCAGGGUGAUGGAGACCCCAGGGGUCUGGAGCUACUCUGUGCAGGUCCAGUCAGUCCAGGAUUCCUGCUCCCAUCAGCCGUUAGUCUUUCCCUCACCUUGUCCCAUUUUUUUUCCACACGUUUAGUUGAGAAGUUGUAGCCGAUUUUUCAUUUUUAAUGCUGUUUCACAAAGAAAAGCACUGGGCACCAAAAAUAUGAGCUAGAUGAAAUUUGGGGAAGGGGGGGGAGGAGGGCAUUAGGGUGAGUUAGGGGGGGGUGGGUCUAUAAACUUUAAAUAAAAAAAACUGAGAAAAUGUGACCGUCUUCCAUGCAUGUCGUCUUCUUUAGGUGUGUUUGUGUCGACUGUGUUGCAAACCGAUGCUUUUCGUCUUUUCGCGUUGCAGAAAGAUUAUGUAUUUCAAACCACAAGUGACAGUGACCAGAUAUCUCGCUAAAGCCCAGCUCCUGCAGGCAGCCUCGCCUGGUGCCCACACCGGUCCACUCGACUGCUCCGGUGUUUCACAAUGUCCCCCGCCGGCCUUUCCUUUCCUUUCCCUGCUUCAUUUGGUCAAGAAACGGCACUGUCAUAUUGAGUGACGCAGCUCAUUUCCCCAACUUGUCAGGGCCAAAAAAUAGUGAACUGUUGAAGGUUAAUCAGAAUCGCCGAGUGGCUCUUCUGGAAGCUCUCCGGGGUUUGGUGUGUUUUCAGGCACGUUCUGCUCGAAUUGCAGAUUUUGCAAUAACAGUCCUGUGCGAGGGACAGUACUGCACGCUGCAGGAAAGGGACAGGCAGCUUCUGUUUUUUUGGCUUAGUUGCUUAAUAUCCCAUUUUGUCAAAAAGGACAAUUCCAGAACUGACCCUUGCUCAGCUCACACUGUGAUCUGUCUGUGUGACUCCAAAUGUGCAGCAGUGAAAUCCGCUCCAGGUUUAACAAGUUGCGGGCUCCCAACUCCCACCAGGUAUUUCACCUUGUUGAGCAAAGGUACUAUUCAAUUUGCGAUGAUAUAUGUGUGUGUGGUUAAUAUCAAGUAGAAGAACCACGUUUAGUGUUACAAUCUACUCCAGAGCCCCAUACCUUUGAAUGCCUGAAGUGGAUCAGACUGCUGUGCAGUGCAAGACUGUAUCCUUGAAAACAUAUCAGAUGCGUUUCGCUUUCAUAUGAUCUCUCUGAUGUCUGUCAACCUAGCCUCAGCUUUUUUAAGAACAUAAAAAAGGCCAUAUGACUGUAAUAGUAUUGUUUCAGAACCAAAUAUAGUAUUACCAACUUGGUAAUGAGUAAGGAAAUCAAUGUGUAUGAGUGAGGGGUACAGGAAUGUAAUUUGGGGUUAUCAAUGGAUGUGCCCUGUUUUUAAGUCAACAGAAGCCUUUUGAAAAAUGUUUCUCUUUUUUUUUUGUUUAAAACACUAAAGACUUUCCGAAGCACCAGGAAGUUUGUGUUUUGUUUCUGCCAGUUCGUGGUUUCUCUAGAACUGCUGUUACUGCUUCUUUCGUUUUAACUUCUGUUAAUACACCAAAUUGUCUUCCCUGUCUUCUCCCGGCUGUGCAUCGAUGUCAGUGUACAGAUUGUGGGUUUUUUUUUCUUUCAUUUGACGAUUUUUAAUGUUUGGCAUAUAGCUGGGGAGACUGUAGACCAGAUUAAAUCAACAGGCCCUCUGUGCCCUAUUGGCCAUUCUGACUUAGCUGGGAAGAUGCGCAGUCUGAUUUAAUGUGGGCUGAUCUUUCAGUGAUUGUUUUAGUGAGUUUUGCUGUUUUUUGUUUGGAGUGCUUUUUUAAAAUGUUUUCUUUUUUUUUAACCACCUUCGUUUCUCCCCCCCCCUCCCCCUCCCCCCCUGUUGUGAGACUGUGCCUCCCCGCGGCCUGUCCGCACAGCGCUCGUCUCUGGGAAUGUCGGUUGGGUGCUCCCGGGGAUCGGAGCGGCGCCUUUCCGCCAGGGACCCCGGCUCUCUCGGGGAAGGGUAAAGGGGGGCGCUGGGGUGCGGUGACUGAGCCGGAACCCGCUUGAGCCUGAAUCGAAAAGGUCCAGCUUUCCCUGCGCGCUCCCUGGAGAGCCGUUGGGAUGAGAGAUUCCCACCUCCGAUCCCUCGGCACCGAACCCGUGAGGCCGCGCUGCACCGUGACCCGACCCGACCCCUCCUCCUCGCCCCCAUCUUGUGUAGAGAAGUUAGCAGGCCGAGCCCUGGGGCUCCACUUAUACCUCACGCGUGUAGGACACCUGUUCUGGGAGGAAAGAGGAGAACUGUAGUGUUGCUUAUUAGAAAACUAAAAAUAAAAUCUAGUGUUUUUUUGGGA